AUGACAUCGGAGAUCGCCUUGCAAGAGUCAACUACAUCGCAAUCAACCUCCAUCCGCGAUGAAUCCGGAAAAGGUGUCGAAGAUGCCAAAAUGAAGAACGAAGCGGUGCCGGCCUCUAGGGAAGACACGAACCCAAGCCUGCCACAAGAAGAUCUUGAGGAACCGCUUACAUAUACUGAAGGAGGAUUGCAGGGCUGCCUCUGCACAGAAUAUUACCAGAUCAUCCUGACUUUCUCCAUCAUAGCCGGCCUUGGUGCAUCUCUUCUCAAUACCCCGUCGUUCGCCAUCAUUGGGCACUGGUUCAAUACCAGGAGAGGCCUUGCGAUGGGUCUCGCAGCAACCGGUGGUUCAUUCGGGGGCGUCGUAUUCCCCUUUGUAUUACAAGCUGCUCUGCCGAGAUUCGGUUUCGCAUGGAGCAUGCGCUUACUUGGCCUGAUUUACCUCAUCUUCGCAGUACCAACAAAUCUCUUGAUGAGAACACGUCUUCCACCAAGCGAAAAGUUCGAUUCCAUCUGGCCGGAUAUACGGCUUUUCAAAGACCCAAAGUUCGCCUUUUGCUGUGGGGGUGUCUUCUUCAUGGAGUACGGGGUUCUGAUUCCGCUCACGUAUAUCAUCUCUUUUUCCAUGAGUAAAGGGCGCGAUGCAAGCUCAAACUAUUUACUGCCCAUUUUGAUCAACGUAGGUAGUAUCAUUGGGAGAGCAUUACCUGGGUUCGUCGCCGAUCAAAUUGGACGUUUCAACACCAUCGUCCUCACCGUCGGUCUGUGCACGAUAUCGGUCUUCGCUAUCUGGCUACCGGCGGGUAGCUCAUGGCCAGCGCUGCUUGUAUUCACCUUCAUAUUCGGUUUCGCUAGUGGAGGCAACGUGAGCCUCAUUCCGGCUUGCAUCGGACAGCUCUGCGAUUCUCGAGAUUACGGGCGGUUCCUAUCUACAGCGAUGCUGUCCGCCAGCUUCGGAACUCUUCUUGGCAUUCCCCUUGGUGGGUUGCUGCUGGGAAUCAAAAACCAAGAGACGGCAUGGACAACAUUGAUCUUGUUUUCCGGGGUUUCAUAUGUUGCAUCCCUCGCCUGUUACAUUGCAGCCAGAGUGCUAGCAGUUGGUUGGAAACUCAAUGCAGUGUACUAG